AUGUCAAGUCCUGCCCCGCAUCGGAAAUCUACAUAUGAUGCAGUAAUUGAUUCUACCAAUAGAUCACGACCACAAGUUCAACCAGGAAGUAGAAAGUCAUCCACCCAUUCAGUAAGAUUAGCUAAUUCAGCGGGAACAUCCGUGGUAGGAGCUGUAACAGAACAAGAACAAGAAGAAGAAGAGAGUAUUAAAAUACCACCUACUGUCACGUUGCUUGAAUCAAUUAAUGUAUUUAAAUUCACAUCAUUAUCAUUGGAAAAUAAAGGAAGUGUAGCAAGAGAUCAUUUAGCAAAUGAAAGAACCUUUUUAGCCUGGUUAAGAACAUCAUUAUCAUUUAUAACCAUUGGGAUUGGUGUGACGCAAUUAUUUCGAUUAGAAGAUAAAACAAGUUCAGUUCAUGUUAAUGAUUCAAUUUUAAUACUUUCUAAUGAUGAUAAAUCAAUUACGAUAAAUAAAUAUGGUAAACCAUUAGGAUCAACGUUUAUAAUAUUAGGGAUUAUAACGUUAUUGUUUGGAGUAUCAAGAUUCUUUCAAGUUCAAAGUAUGUUAACAAAGAAUUAUUAUCCUGCUUCAAGAUUAUCGAUAUUAAGUUUAAUUAUUGUAGUGUUGGGAGUUAUAUUAGUGACAUUCUAUAUGGUUUUAGAAUCAUCGAUAAAUAAUUAA